CCCGGAAAGAGACUCCUGCAAACACCGGCCGAAAUGUCUGACGCUGCAGAGAACUGUGAGACUUCAACUACGACGCCGCGCACAUUCGGAGAGGCCUGGCCCGAGUUAAACGAUGGCCUAAAUUAUACAGACUCAGUCCGGCCCUCCGAUUCUGGUUCGACACUGAUUGAAUUUUACUCCAUCAAACACAAGAGUUCAGCUCCUUUACAGGGUUGGUUGCAGAGAAUAGAAAAUGGGCAGAUAACAGUUGAUGGUAGAGUUGUUACUGAUCCAAACACAAUUAUCAGGGCGUGUUCAGAGCUAGUGUAUCACCGGCUUCCCUGGAAUGAGCCGGAUGCACCCUACUCGCUGGAAGUUCUAUUUGAAGAUGAUCAUUUGAUUGCUCUGAAUAAGCCUUCUGGUCUUCAAGUUCUACCUGGAGGACUGUUCCAGCAGCGGACUGUUCUGACACAACUCCAGUGGCGUGCAAGCAGACAGAGUUCUUCACUAAUGCACCAAGAAACACACCCACACCCCGUUCCGGUUCAUCGCCUUGGAAGGGGCACAUCAGGAAUAUUACUUUGUGCAAAAUCGAAGCUUGCAAAAACUCGCCUUGCAGCAUAUUUUGCUGAUGGGACUUCAGUUGUUGGAAGCAACAGAUAUUCCGAUGCAUGUCCCUGCAAAAGAAGAAAAAUUUCAAAGAUUUAUCGGGCUCUAGCGAGUGGGAUACUUCGUGAGGAUGAGGUUGUCAUUAUGCAGCCAAUUGGGACUGUGCGAUAUCCUGGAGUGGCCAAAGGGUUGUAUAUUGCUACUUCCUCAGGGAAACCAGCUUUGAGCAAAGUUGACGUCCUUGAGAGGGAUGUACAAGGUAACUACACAUUGGUUCAGGUUGAGAUUCAAUCAGGAAGGCCACACCAAAUUCGCAUUCAUCUUUCUUUCAUAGGGCAUCCACUGAUAGGUGAUCCUCUCUAUGUUACUGGUGGACAACCUAAGUGUUUUGACCCUGAAUUUGUAGAUGAAAGUUUUGCUCAAGAUGGGUACAAAAUUGUGGUGUUGAUCUUUGGUUUUUUCUUUCCAUUUUUUCUAUCAGUUAACUUCUUUCAUGCUUAAUGUGCACACUUAUUCCAUAAGCACAUGAAGUUACUAGAAAACAAAAAGUUUUACCUGAUUAGCUUCUCGUGAUGUUGAGUAAUUCUAUGGAGAUUGACUUCUUAUUCUCACAUACAUAAAUUGUUGAAUACUAAUAUCAAGAAGAUAUAUGUACCCUCUUCGGUGUUAUGGUUAUCAAUUAUGCUGAAGUAUAUGACAGGAUUUGAAAGUCUAGCACUAAGGCUGUGAGUCCCAUGCCUUUCCACAUCCUUUUCUAGUUCUGGAGGAAAUGCCUACUAGCAUGAUCUUGAGUUCCCUUACUAUUAGACUAAGUUUUUAAGAGACUUGAGACUUCUUAUGACUUUGAACCUCCUAUGGGAAGCAGUAUUUUCCGUAUUAACAUGACCAGUCCACACCAGGUCAAAUAAUGAAACCAGGCCUAUGUAUCUGAAGUCCAGAAAAGAGGAACAAAAUAAAACCAGGCCUAUGUAUCUGAAGCUCAGAAAAGAGGAACAAAAUUUUGGAUACCUCUGCGUAGUGAGCUGUUAUGAUAUCUGAAGCAAUUUUUUCAUUUUCAUUAUGAUGUCCUGUAGGGAUUUUGUUUGUUUACUCAACAGAAUCAUUCCACCUUGGAUAAUUUUUAGUUCGUUUUUAGCAAUCUCAAUUCUUUGAUGCAAGUUCCCUGUGGCAGUUGAUUUCAUUUCAUUUUUUGUUCAGAGGAUAUCAAAGACCUGUCAAUCCUGUUCCUGGAGAUUGUGGGUACCACCUGCAUGCACAUCAAGUAGUCCUUUCUCACCCAAUCACCAACGAAGAGAUCACACUUACUGCACCUCUGCCAUCUAUUCUCCGAACUCGAGACGAGACCGAAGCAAUCAAAUAGCACAUUGGAAAUGACAUCAAAAGGCCAGUUUUUUUUGUGCUGUUUUUUUUCUUUUUAUAAUUAUCUAUAGUAGGAUUACAGUAACAUGUUAGUCCGCUUUGAAACAAUACUUAUUUUUUGCCUUCCAGUCGAUCCUUUUAUUUGGGUUUUUUUUUCAGGUUGACAUUCUAUCAUUGUUCGUUGUUCUAACUAUUCCUAUGAGCCCAUCAAGUGUACCUAGUAACAAGAGAGUUUGUUUUGUUUCAACUGAGAAUUUAUCAACCUGUUCGCCUUUCCUGAUG